CUCUUUGUCAACUGCAACCACACCUUGCACACUUUCCACCGUAGUAAAUCACCUAUAAAGUUGUAUUAUGUCUGAGCACACUACUGGCAGUGUACCACCCUCGAUCCCGAUCCCAUAUGUCGAUACUAGCAACAGCAUAAUGCCAUUUUCUGAUCCAUCCGAACGUCAGACAUCAAAUUUAGACAACGUAUUUGACAGACUCGUAGCCCAGAAUGCUGAGCAGGCUGCACAUGGCCCAAUGUCGCCCACAGGCAUCAGCCACCCAUCGAUAUUUCGCAAGGGAACUCUAAUCGAAAUUCCUGACAUCGAGCCACGAGGCAUGCCAUCUGGCAAGUCACGGAGACGCGGCUCGGACAGCACGAAAACACCGCUUCCCGAGCGCUUCGUAGCAAUCGCUAUCAAGGACUGCGAGCAAACCGAUUGUAUCAUCAGCUGGUCGAUCCAAAAGAUCCUGGUCCCAAACCGCGACAAGGUAGUACUGAUCCACGUGCGGCCGGCUGUGAAUGGGCUUAUUGGCGACUUGACAGCAGUUAACUCGGCCAAGGAGGCUGCUGAGCGCGAUAAGAGCCAUGAGCUGCUCAAAAAGUAUGCGUCGAUGAUCAAGGUCGAGGGGUAUCCGAUCAAGGGAGUCUCGAUUCGCGGCGUUGACAUCCGCGGCGAGCUGGUGCGCAAGCUGAUGGAGCUCAAGUGCGAUUUGCUGGUGGUUGGAUCUCACGCGUCAAAGUCCAUGAAAGAGCGCUUUAUCGGGAGCAAGGUCAACUACCUGGUAGAGAAUUCACCUUGCCCGGUUGUGGUUAUUGGGCGCAAUUAUCGUAUGCCGCAGCAUGUACCCCUUGCUGAAUGACCGCUUUUCCCACAGAUCCUAUGCAGUUUAUGGAGGGAAGACACAUUUGGGGAUGGCAGUUUGUGUAUACACGACCAUUCACUCGCCCGCUGGCAGCCGAUACUAUGUUGCUUCAUGCCACAAGUUGAGAGGAUAAGUUUUGGGCACCCGGGCACAACAGGUGAAUGCUGUGUUUUUCCUGUCUGGUAAAAAGCACAUCUAAACAUAUUGGUGAUUUUUGUCAAACAAUAUCUAUAGAUAGCUGCCCCAUUCUCCU